AUGGGCAACCAAUCAUCGUUACCAUCUCGUACUUGUCCAAAUUGGAUUCGACGCAAGUUAUUAAGGAGGAACAGAAUUACAUUUGAAACAACUUAUCGAAACGAGUCGAAACUCGAUACGAUGGAUGAACCAUUCAAUCCUCCUCCAACACCAACUCUUCUUUUCCCUUCUUUACAUGAAUCAUCCUCAAUGUCCACCACCACCUAUGAGCAAAUUGGUGAUCACUGUACCGCCACCAAUGACGCCAUUAUGUCCCUAUCCACAGUUUCCUCAAUGGACACGUUUGAUAGUGAGAUUUUUGAAAAUUAUACGAGUUAUUCCAUUGUUUAUUUGAAACAUUCACUCACUCAACAACAUACAGAUUGCUCUCUGUAA